UGUGAAACCAUGUGAACUAUAGUAUCGACAGUGCCAAUCAACAUGGCCACGGACUGUAUGCUUGUUUUUUGAUACUAUCUUGAAAUAUUUCGAUUUGUGUGUAGUAAACAAAAUUCAUGUAAAUAUUAUAAUGUAAAUGUUGCAAAAUUGAUAGAAGUAUUAUUUUCCUAUUGUUGAUUCAAAUUCGCUUCAUCAUGGCUGAUAAAAGACAGCAUAGUUUAUCGAAAGAGGAAAUAGCAAAGCAGUUUAUGCUGCCAGAGAGAAAAAGCAAAAUCGCAACGUUGUUAAAACAGGAUGGUCAAGCGUAUUGUAUUUGCAGAAGUUCCGACAGUUCUCGCUUUAUGAUAGGAUGUGAUGCAUGCGAGGAAUGGUACCAUGGUGAUUGCAUAAAUAUAACUGAAAAGGAUGCAAAACAUAUUAAACAAUUCUUCUGUGUCCGCUGUAGAGAGGAGGAUCCAACUUUGAUAACGCGAUACAAACCACGUAGAACUGAUCAGGAUGACAGAAAACAUAGAAAAUACAAAGAAAAGGAGAGAGGACAUCGAUACGAAUAUGACGCGCCUUGGGGUCCUAGUGAAAAAAAAUCCUCCAAGCGUUGCGGAGAAUGUACAGGAUGCCUACGCACAGAAAAUUGUGGAAAGUGUGACGCUUGCAGGCAUUUGAAGAAAUUUGGACCUUCGGUGCGCCUGAAACUCAGAUGUAUUCAACGAACCUGCCGUAUACUAGGCGACCCGCUGAAACCUUCGAAAAGUCUGAAUAAGGGAACGAAAUUGACCAAAAGGCGAAGGAGAGACUCGAGUAACGAAAGAAAUGAAUAUUUGGAGCCACCGCGCCACUGUUAUGGACCCGCGUGCAUGAAGCAAUCGCGACCUGGUAGUAAAUAUUGUUCCGACGAUUGCGGUCUGAAACUGGCGACGAGCAGGAUCUAUCAGGUUCUUCCGCAGCGAAUACAGGAAUGGUCAUUGACUGCAUGCAUCGCGGAGCAAAAUAAUAGACGCGCUCUGGAAGCCGUGAGGAAGCAACAGCACGACGUCCGCAGGAUACUGCAGGAAUUGGAAAAAAGACAUGUUGAGUUAGACCGUAUUGUUGAACGCGCGAAGCACGCGUCUAUUGAUCCACAAGCCGAAGUGGACGAUAAUGAUGACACAGAGAGCAGCAUGUACUGUAUCACGUGCGGCCAUGAAGUUCACUCGAGAACCGCAAUUAAACAUAUGGAAAAAUGUUUCAAUAAGUAUGAAUCGCAGGCAUCUUUCGGUUCGAUCUUCAAAACACGUAUCGAGGGCCAAGUAAUGUUUUGCGACUUUUACAAUCCGGGGAACAGAACUUACUGCAAGAGACUGCGCGUUCUCUGCCCCGAACAUUGUAAGGACCCGAAGAUCGGUGACACCGAGGUGUGUGGCUGUCCAUUGGUCACGAAUGUGUUCGAUGCUACGGGUGAGUUCUGUCGCGCGCCUAAGAAGAGCUGCGUGAAACACUAUAUGUGGGAAAAGCUACGACGAGCGGAGAUUGAUAUGGAGAGAGUGAGACAGUGGCUGAAGAUUGACGAACUCGUGGAGCAGGAGAGACAAAUACGAUCGAACAUGGCGACGCGAGCCGGUGUAUUGGCUCUAAUGUUGCAUUCCACUUAUAAUCACGAAUUAAUGGAACAGAUGACGCAGGAACAGAGCAGAGAACAACUGCAGGCGAUGGAGGAAGAACUGCAAAGGAGAUAUGGCGUACAUCAGAAAGAACAGUGCAUAGAUCAGUGAUAAUCUUUCUUCCUCAUUACUUAUGUUAGAUCUAUAUUUUUCAACUGCACUUUUACUCAUUUUUAUUUAUUUCUUUUUAUUUCUGCUCAUAAAUAAAUGUAUACAUGUUUGAAAUCGAAAAAUAUGAAAGUGCAGUUAAAUGAAAUAGAUCUAGAAUUAUUAUUUCAACGUUUGUCUUGUCUACGUGUAGCAUGGUCAAUAGUUUUCCUAUUUAUAAUAAUUGCCGAUAUAAUCAAUUGAUAUAAUCACGGACUCAGGACGAAAAGAAUAAAGUUAGGUAAUUGAUAUGACGGUUGUACGUUGUACUGUAAUGUAAAAUUUGUAAUGUAAUGUGUGUAUGUAUCAAUUAUAUUACGUAUCUGUAAUAGUAAGAUUAAGUUUAUAUGGAUAAAUAUAGAAUCUUUAAAGCUUGUAUAUCUGCCAUUUUUUAAAAUAAAUUUACAUGCAAUCCGAGUAUAUUCUGGCGUUACGCUUU